AUGCCACCAAAAGCAGCGUCCUCUGCACGGGCACUUGAAGCAAUCCUACCUCUGAUCGCGGCAGGCCAGCCUUACGAGGCCCACCAGAAGGCUCGAACAUUUGCCUCGCGAUACAGCAAGUCGGCACAGUACGAUACUGCCAUUGACGUUCUCUUCCAAUCUGCGCGCGAGCUCCUCAAGAUCCGGCAGCAGGGAAGUGGGACCGAUCUCUCGGGUUUCCUGGUGGAUGUCUACGAGGCGAAGGGCGAAGCGGUGACAGAUGAGAGCCGGAGCCGCCUAACGCAGCUGAUUGCCCUCGCGGGCCCGGAUGGUGCAUGGCGUAAAACCAUCAUUGACAAGUCAAUCGCGUGGUCAGCCAAAGCCGGACCGCACCCAGCUGGUGAUCCCGACCUUCACCAUUAUGUUGGCGAGCUGCUAUACAAGGAGGGAUCGUUCGAUGCGGCAGAGUCGCAUUUCCUCAACGCUGGAAAGCGCGACAGCGCGCGUUCGCUCGCGGAGAUGUUUGUCGAAUGGGCAGGAGCAGAGGGUCCGAUCGGCCCAUUUGCGUUGCGCGGUACUCUCCCGUAUCUGCAGAACGGACACAUCCUCGCGGCACGGACGUUCAUCUGCCACCUCGUCUCGCAAUCCACUUCCAAGCGUCCAGACUUACUGUCGAGGCUUCAACCGGGUCCCAUCCCGAUCGGCAAGCCAUCCGACGGCGGCGAACAGGACGAGAUCAUCUUCACAAAGGAUUCGGCGCUCAACUUCUCCCAGCUCGCCGUUCGCGCAUGUCAGCGCGCCCAGGGCGAGAAGAACAAGCAGAUGCGCGAAGCCUGGGUCCGCUUGUGCGGAACGUACCAGAGCAAGGGUGGCGUCAUCGCCGAGCGCGAAGUCCGAAAGGCGCUUAUCGACCUCGCCGAGCUCUACUUCGCCAUCCCGCCGCCCCGCGGCGCCCAGCAAAACCCGUUGGGCGACAUGAUCUCGGCAAUGUUCGGUGGCGGGGGCGGCCCCGGUUCCGCCCCCACACGACGGGUCCUUGCGCCCGCGGCGCCGACAUCGACACCCGGGCUCGACUGA